AUGGAAACAGUCAAGUUUGUGACAUUGGUUACUAGAGUGUUGAUCACUGAAACACUUCCAACAGAGGCGUUUUUCCUUGGCGAUAUCGCGCCUCCGUUGGAUAUUGGUGACGGUCCUACAUGUCGCAGCAAGAUAAACUACGCUGCUUUUGAGCGGUUGUUCCUUUAUCAGGGAAAGGCCAUUGUUGAAAUGCUUCGCCUGAAAGAAGAGGAAAAGGGACCAUUCCUCGUCGUAUGUCCGCUUUCGGUGUGUGAUCACUGGAUCACAGAAGUUACCAGGUUUUCAUGUGGAACGUUGAGUCCUAUAGGGUAUUUUGGUAGCGAGCCCGAGAGAGCAGACGUGCUCAAGAGUAUGAAGGAGCUCUAG